GUGGGUCCUGCCCCUGAUGACCAGAGAAAGCUGGACAACAGCAGGAUCAGCUGCUACUGGAUGCUUCAGAGAAGAAGAGCCACAACAGGGAAGUUUCCCGUGAGAAGACAAGCUGCUGUAUCAAAGGUCAAGAUAAAGAAAGGAGCAGACAAAAACAUCUGAUUUCUCCUCAUCCAGUUCGUUCUGAGAUCACAGCCAAAAGAGGAAAGUUGUGGAUCAGUGUCCAGAAAGGAGCCACACCCAUCUGCAACCUUCCACAAAUCUCCUUUUGUCCCUCCCCUCUUCUCAGCAGCAGGACCCUCUGCUCCUCGCCAGUCUCGCCCAACCUCUCAACCUGUGAUACGACCAUGGAUCGCUCAACACAGGAGCUGUUCCUCAACUUCAUGAUUGUCUUAAUCACUGUGCUGCUGAUGUGGCUGCUGGUGAAAGCUUACCAGGACUGAACCACGGUGCAAGAAGUGAGGAGAUCAAUGGGAGGCAGAGGGGAUGGAGAUAUAGGUGUGGAGGGAUGCCAGCAUGGUUACUGUAGGACUUUGCGCACAGUGUUUACAUCUUUUCAUUCUUUUAGACUACGCUCACUGGUCCGAUCCAGCCCUCUAGUAUUCAUAUGAGGUCAAAAACCAUGUGAUUGCUAAAGCCAAGGCAGGCUGUCAAAGACAAACUAGCCUUGGAUCCAAACUUGUAUUCUGAGAUGUUGAUGAAUGCAGCCUUGAAAUUCUGGCAAGAGACAGAAGGUUAAAUCAUAGUACAAAUGGAAGGUGAAUAAAAAUAACUGAACUGAUUUGAAACCUUUAAAGUGACUGCUAGAAAACAAUCCAAUGUUACUAUAGAUAGUAGUAUAUACAGUAACCCAUGUCACUGUCAUUCAUGUGACCUUCCAUACAUCAAACUAUGCUAUUAUGUCUAUUGUUCUGUUUCUACUAAAGUGAUGAAUAUGUCAAAUGCAGACACUGUAUUUAGACAUCGACACAAAUAAUGAAGCAUUGUGUUUAUGCUCACUUCUUGCCAUAAAGCAGUCUUUCAUUU